ACAAGAUCAUCAUCUAACGCGUGGGUAGUCAGAAAAUGACUCUGCUUCUACGCCGCUCUCGAAUCCAAAUAUCUGAAUACAAAAAGGUUUAAUCAAAAGGGCGAUUCCAAUUUCCAAUGUCUCGUGACAAUUACACUUGCUGCCUCUCAACUCAACUGUCUUAUCACGCUGAAGAUAUUAAUAUAGAGCAUGCUUCUCUGCAUUUCAUGCCCAUUUCUCUUUCUUCAUCUUAAAUUAGCACUACGAUUAUGUUGAUCACAAAUAUGGUACUGGGUUCUUCUCUUUUUACCAAUUUCAAUCCUUCUCGAUUGCCACCAAUUUUUGGACUAAACUCACGUGAAAGAGCUUUAUUUGCCAGGCAGAAAUUAAUCAGCAAAGUGGGACAAGCAUCUGGUAGCAGUAACCGGAGAAAUCUUAGUGUGUAUGCUCGCCAAGCCCGAGAACAGAGCGUUACUGUAGAAGAGGAAGAAAUUUCUCAAAUGUUGGAAACUAUGCCAUCACUGAAAGUUUUCCCAGGUCAGGCACAUCCAUUAGGAGUAUCCGAGGUUGAAGAUGGUAUCAAUUUUGCAAUUUUUUCCCAAAAUGCCACUUCAGUAACACUUUGCUUGAGUCUUUCUGAGAGGGAAGUGCAUAACACACAUCAAGAGAUGAUUGAAUUAACACUGGAUCCACAAGUGAAUAAAACAGGAGACAUAUGGCACCUAUGUGUUGAGGAUUUACCUCGUAGAAAUGUCCUCUAUGGUUAUCGCAUCGAUGGUCCACAUGAUUGGCAUCAGGGACAUCGCUUUGAUAACGGCAUGAUUCUACUCGAUCCUUAUGCAAAGCUCAUUGAAGGGCGCCGGAUUUUUGGUGAUGUCAGAGAUAAGAUGUCUCAAUUUUUGGGGACUUAUGAUUUCGAUAGCUUGCCAUUUGACUGGGGAGAAAACUACAUGCUUCCUAACAUCCCUGAGAAAGAUCUUGUUAUAUAUGAAAUGAANAUUUUUAGCCUUUUUGUAGUCACAUUGUUUUCAGUACUUACAAUCUUUUUAGAUACAAAGCUUCUCAAUGAAGCAAAGAAAAACCUUUCACAGCCCCCUUGUCUUCCCCCUUCCCCCUCUCCUCCGCCAAUUAAAGGAGUGCUGUGUUUUCUGUGUUUCACUAAUAUGUCACUUGUUAAUAACCAUAUGAUCAAUGAGUUUUUGUCGUUGUGCCAUCCCUCUUCAACAUUAUCUUUACAACCUAAUAACCCACACUGCUUAUCAUCUGUUAGAAAUACAAUCAUUUACAACUUAUGUGUCUGUCUUGCUUUUUCUCAUCUUCUGAUAUCAAAUCAUCCACUUUCACGACUUCACAUUACAUCCUUUCUCCCCACUGCAAAAUCUCAACUUAGAUAUUCCCUAACGUUGAAUCUUUUUAGAGAACUCUUAAACUAUUUGCAGGUUUAUUACAUCGUAGAUUUAGAUAACAAUGCCCAGUUGCUGAACUUCUCGGGAUGUGGAAAUACAUUGAAUUGUAACCAUCCCGUUGUUAUGGAACUGAUACUUGACAGCUUGAGGCACUGGGUCCUUGAGUAUCACGUGGACGGGUUCCGCUUUGAUCUUGCCAGUGUUCUUUGUCGAGGAACUGAUGGUUCUCCUCUCAGUGCUCCCCCACUGAUUAGGGUAAGUCAUGGCAUAUAUUUGACCUGAUGUUCUUUCAUUAUGUCUAGACAUUCAUUUAGUUUCCCCACAAUCGUACACUUAUUUCUUUGAUUUCGUAGGUGGGCUGAGUGGAACGGGAAGUACCGUGAUGAUGUUAGAAGAUUUAUAAAGGGUGACCAUGGUAUGAAAGGAAGCUUCGCAACUCGGUUCGCUGGUUCUGCAGAUCUUUACAGGGUGAACAAGCGCAAGCCCUACCAUAGUGUCAAUUUUAUUUGUUCACACGAUGGGUUUACUCUCUACGACCUUGUGUCCUACAAUAAUAAGCACAAUGAUGCCAAUGGAGAGGGUGGAAAGGAUGGAAGUAAUGACAAUUUUAGCUGGAAUUGUGGGUUUGAAGGAGAAACAGAAGAUACCAUUAUUAAGGCACUACGUUUCCGACAGAUGAAGAACUUUCAUUUAGCACUGAUGACAUCCCAGGGAACACCAAUGAUGGUUAUGGGGGAUGAAUAUGCUCAUACUCGUUAUGGAAAUAAUAACAGCUAUGGCCAUGAUACUGCUAUUAAUCAUUUCCAGUGGGAUCAACUGGAAUCCAAGAAAAACAACCACUUCAGGUUUUUCUCAGAGGUGAUAAAGUUUCGCAACACACAUGGAGUCUUCAGGCGAGAAAAUUUUAUUGGCAAGAAGGAUAUUACAUGGCAUGAGGACAACUGGGAAAACCUUGAGAGUAAAUUCCUUGCAUUUACGAUUCAUGAUGAAAAUAGGGGAGACAUUUACUUGGCUUUCAAUGCACAUGACUUUUAUGUUAAAGUUAUAAUACCGUCACCACCAAAAGACAAACGCUGGUUUCGAGUGGUGGACACCAAUCUUGAGUCUCCCAAUGAUUUUGUUUGUGAAGGUGUUGCUGGCAUUCAGAACUCGUAUAAUAUUGCUCCUUAUUCAUCGAUUCUUCUUGAAGCCAAGUAGUAAAUCACUUGCUCCUGAUUUUGACGAGUAUAUGUAAGAUUCUUACCUUUCUGUGUCGAAAAAUCAGAUAAGCGAGGUGAUUUGAGUUUCCAUCUAGUCAAAGACAUUGUAUUUUCUUCAUCUUCUCUACUAUGAUAGGUUAGUAAUUGAAAAGCCCUUUUUCUUUUUUUUUUGGAACAAUUUUUAUAGUUCAGGGCAGCCUCUUGUCAUAUUCCGCCUUGCUUCUGUUUAGUGGCAGAUAUAUUCUGUAACGCCUUAAAUUUCCAACCUGGUUUGUUUCUAAAAUGAAUUUCCUUUAAUGGGAAAUUGCACAGCAACUAGUUUAA